CCCCCAGCCAGCCGCGCCCGUCCUCUGCUCUCGCGCACCCGCCCGCGGCUAUCUAGUGCGGCCCCGGGGCCGUGACUUCCGGGCUACUUCUGGGCCGCAGGGGACACCGGUCUUGGGCUCAGUAGCUGCAGUAGCAGCAGCAGCAGCAGCAGUAGCAGCUACGCUGAAGCUGAUGUAGCAUCUCUGAACAGACGCAUCCAGCUGGUUGAGGAGGAGUUGGAUCGUGCUCAGGAGCGUCUGGCCACAGCUCUGCAGAAGCUGGAGGAGGCUGAGAAGGCAGCAGAUGAGAGUGAGAGAGGCAUGAAAGUCAUUGAAAGCCGAGCCCAAAAAGAUGAAGAAAAGAUGGAAAUUCAGGAGAUCCAGCUGAAAGAGGCCAAGCACAUUGCUGAAGAUGCUGACCGCAAGUAUGAAGAGGUGGCCCGUAAGCUGGUCAUCAUUGAAAGUGACCUGGAACGUGCAGAGGAGCGGGCUGAGCUCUCAGAAGGCAAAUGUGCCGAGCUUGAAGAAGAAUUGAAAACGGUGACGAACAACUUGAAGUCACUGGAGGCUCAGGCUGAGAAGUACUCGCAGAAGGAAGACAAAUAUGAGGAGGAGAUCAAGGUUCUUUCUGACAAGCUGAAGGAGGCUGAGACUCGGGCUGAGUUUGCAGAGAGAUCAGUAACUAAAUUGGAGAAAAGCAUCGAUGACUUAGAAGAGAAAGUGGCUCAUGCCAAAGAAGAAAACCUUAGUAUGCACCAGAUGCUGGACCAGACCUUACUGGAGCUAAACAACAUGUGAAAACCUCCUUAGCUGCGGCCACAUUCUUUCAUUUCCCUCUCGUUGUUUUAUUUUGUUUUUAAACACCUGCUUCCCAGAAACUCCUUCGAUGCAUUUUUAUAUACUUUUAACCACUGUCACCGAAACAUCUGCAAAGAACCAGCUAGGGCAGGGAGUGGGGAAAGAUACAGAAAGGCAAGCCCAAGUUGGGGUACUUACUUAAACGUGCCAUUUCCCAGGUUGACAUUGCCACACUUCAUAGCAUUUAGGCAUGCAGUCUGCUUAGCCAGGGUAGGAAGCCUCACAAAAACAGAAAGAUUUCCAGCCAGAGUGCCAAGGUGGAGUCACCAAGAAGACUGAUGUUGGAGACAACCAGGUGCAGGUGCAAGUUGGUGCUACUUUAAACAAAGGAACCCUGGGGGUCUUUUGUUCAAUGUUAUACAAUUAGAUUUCUCUCCAACACUAAUUUAUUUUGUUUUGAGUUUUACUUCCAGACAAGACUAUGGGUUUCUUACGCCUGUGUUCAUUAAAGUCAAGGGUCUGGAAGCCACACUGGUCUUUUAAGAGUCCUGUUCCUUCCCAACUGACACUUGCAGCCCCUUCCAUCUCAGCAGGGAGAGCAUUCAAUGUGGAUUGCCCCUCUUUCCAGUUCUCCAUGUCAGGGUAAAAGAUCUAGGCACUACAUACAUAAUUGGUAAAGGCAUUUUCUUAAGAAUUAUAACUAUAUGUAAACAUUGUAUAAUGAUAUGGAAUAAAAUGCACAUUGUAGGACAUUUUCUAAA